UUGCCAAGAAAAAGAUGGAAGAUACACAAAGAGAGCCAACUUUGGAAGAGAAAGGAGAGGAACGUGCCAAAGUGGAAGCGUGGAAUUAUGUGCUUGGGUUUUCAAAAAUUGCAGUGGUAAAAUGUGCCAUUCAGCUUGGAAUAGCUGAUGCUAUUGAAAGCCAUGGAAGCCCCAUGACACUCUUAGAGCUAUCGGCAACUCUUAAGUGCGAUCCUUCUUCCCUUUACCGCAUCAUGAGGUUCCUAGUUCACCAGAAAAUAUUCAAAGAAGUCCAACCCAAAAUCCCAUCCGGCCCCAAAAGUUAUGCACAAACACCUUUGUCCCGCUGCCUACUAAAAUCCAGUCAAAAUAGCAUGGCUGCAUUGAUUUUGCUGGAGAGUAGUCCAGUAAUGCUAGCACCAUGGCAUGGCCUUAGUGCCCGUAUUCUAGGCAAUGGCACCAAUACUCCCGCAUUUGAGGCAGUACAUGGUGAGGAUAUAUGGAGCUUUGCAGCGGCUAAUCCUGGUCACAGCGAGCUUAUCAAUGAAGCAAUGGCUUGUGAUGCAAGCUUGGCACUGCCUGCACUGAUUGAGAGUUCUUUAGAGGUUUUCAAUGGGAUUGAGACCAUAGUGGAUGUGGGUGGUGGUAAUGGAACUACUUUAGGCUUGUUGGUUAAGGCCUGUCCUUGGAUUACUCGAGGGAUCAAUUUUGAUCUUCCUCAUGUUGUAUCUGUUGCUGAGGAGAGUGAUCGAGUGGAGAGUGUUGGAGGAGACAUGUUUGAUUGUAUUCCAAAGGCCGAUGCUGCAAUUAUCAAAUCGGUUCUUCAUGACUGGGGAGAUGAGGAGUGCAUCCGUAUACUGAAGAAAUGUAAGGACGCAAUUCCUGAGGACAAAGGGAAGGUGAUAAUUCUGGAAGCUGUUAUUGAAGAAGAUGAGAUCAAAGACGAGCUAACCGAUGUGAGAUUGAUGCUAGACAUGGUGAUGAUGGCUCAUACUAGCACUGGCAAAGAGAGGACCUUGAAGGAAUGGGAAUAUGUUCUUGGGGAAGCUGGCUUUAGCCGACACACGGUCACACCUAUUAAUGCUGUCCAAUCUGUUAUCCAGGCUUUUCCAUAAUGUUCGAAAACUUGUGGGAUUUGAAGUCCUGAAUUUCGUGUAUUAUUGUAUUGUUCAAGUUAUACUUGCUGGUAUCUCUUUGUAGUUUUUGUGUGGACAAUAAUACAGUUUGUGCUGAUCUCUUUCAAUCCUAAUUCUGA